GUUGUUGCAUACAUUUUGACGUGUUCACAUAAUAAAGCGUUCCGUGACAACACAAAUACUUGGUCAAGAAAAAAGACAAACGUUUAUUUUUUAUUUUUUUGAAAACAAAAAAAAAAAUAUUAAGCAAUCUUUGUAUUGCAUUAACUGUUUUUGAAUAAUUGAUGAGACCAGAGUUAGUGGCUUUUAAUUGCAUUUGUGUGCUGGUCAAUAUUGUGGCAUAAAUCAGUUGUAUACCGUUAAAAAAAAAUUGUGCUGUGAAAACUGUGACAUUAAAAUUUUAUACUUUCGCUGGGUGAUAAUUUUUCAAUUUUAUGUCAUAGCUCAAAUGUUUUAGCGAAUGUUUAUGAAAUUAUUUAUAUGAUAAAGGGCUAUAAAGCAAAAAGGUAAACCAUAUCUUAAUAUAAACAUCAAACGCCCAAGGACACACGCUCCUCAGGAUUUCGAGGACAAAGAGUCAUAGUACUUCGUCCACGCCGCCACAUUCAUUGUCGUCGUUGUGCGAGUUAAAGCAAAAAAAAAAAUAAAACUCAAAAAUAAGCGUAAAUAGCAGACCAUAGCCGGUGGCAACAAGAACUAAAUGGCAAAAAGACAAAAGCAUCACCAACAUCAACAGCAGAGGCAGCAACAGCAACCUAGAGAACGACAACUCCUGCUUAGUUUUGGCACAACAUCAUGCAUUAUGAUGGUGAUGGCGGUUGUACUUAUGACCAUUUUGACUAGUAGUGUGGCCAGUGUAGAUGCUUUAAGCAUUCCACUUAACACAAACGGAAAUAGGUUGCAACAACAACAGCAGCAGCAGCAGCUAACAGGAAACGAGCAUGUCCAUCAAAAUAGCGAUAACAACAACAAUGAAGGCGAUAUAGAUAAUUAUAUUAUGCAAAAAUCAACAACUGAACUAAUUCCGAACAAUGGAGAAAUGUUGGAUGACGAUAACGAACUGAAUUUAAAAGAAAACAGCAUUAGUGAUGGUUUGACAAGACAAUUAAAUUAUCGCUAUAACUUUCCAACGCUGAACAUGAUUAAAAGAGCUCCUGGCGGAUUUGUAGGAAUGCGAGGCAAAAAGGACUCCUACAAUGAGGGCUCAGAUGGCAAUGAUGGCGAUGGCGAUGGCUAUGCCAGCUUGCCAUUUCCUUGGCAACAACUGUCGCCAACCAAUACCGAUGACAUUAUCAACUGGAGUGAAUACGACAAAUCAGAUGUGAUGCGUUACAAAAAAACUCCCACCAUUGUCUAUGGUCCGCGCGGUGGCACAUACAAUGUGGGUGGCGAUGCCUAUCGUUGGCAACAAUUCCUUCAGAAAUUGGAUGAGGACAGUGUGCGCAGCAUGAUCAUGAAUGAGUUUGUGGAUAGUCUAGUAAAUGAUCCUCUAGAGGUACAAAAUGAAAUUAUCAAACGAGCUCCAACGGGUUUUACAGGACUUCGAGGCAAACGAUUAACGCUAAGCGAAAUGAAUGAUGACUCCCCAUCGUUGGCAGGAAAGCGUGGUCUGGCCAAUACCUUUGUGGGUGUUCGAGGUAAAAAAGAUGUUUCCCAUCAAACCUUUAAGCGUGCUGCAUUCAGUGGUUCCGAGCGUUAUUUUUUUGAUUUUUGGAAAAAGUCAUCACCAGCUGGCGGUGCUGCUGGCAGUAAACGUCAACGAUUCCAUGAUUUAGGUAAUAAAUUUGUUGCAGUCCGUGGUAAGAGGCAGAACUACAAUGGUGAUGAUCGAAUGACUAUGGCUUACCAAGAUAAUGGCUGGUCUUCUAUGCCGAGAAUAUCAUCGUUUUCUUAUCUUGACUCAAAUCGGGGAGUAAUGGCUAAUGACAUGGAUCGUGGCAUCAGUGGCAUCAGUGGCAAGAGAGCACCAACCGGAUUUUUUGCAGUGCGAGGAAAACGACUGUCUUCAUUAUCGGACGACUUGCUAACAGCUAACUAAAUGAUGGGAUAACAAAUACUAAAUCUGAACAAUCGCUAAUCGGACAGAGAUAGGCAUCACUGAGUUUUGUGUAUUUAUGUAUGUUUGGCCUCCACAACUAUAAGAAGCUACAAUUAUGUCUUAACAAUUAAAAUAACAAUUAACAUUAUAUCAAGUACGAAUAACAGACUAUGUAUACAUCUACAAUUAAAAAAAAAAAAAACAAAAAACAAAAACGAAAAAAAAAUCAAAAAUAUAAAGUUUAAGUAUAAAACUUUCUAAAUAAUUGCAAAACUGGGCUGGUAUUAUUUAGAAAUGUUGUUACAUCAAUUUAUAUCAAUAAAAGCAUAUAAAUAUAUUUAUUUUAUUUAAUAUAUCGUAUAUACAUACAUAUGUACUACAUACAUAUAUACUGCAAUGGUUUUAUUUAUUUUUUCGAGCAACUGAAACAAAUUCGUUAAGUUUCACAAACGGAAAACCCUAAAAACUACGACGAGAGAAAGUAUUCGCCAGCAGCAUCAGUAGCAGCUGACUACAGCAUAAACACUAGAAGUUUCCUAUGUAAUGCAUAAAAUGCAACAACAAAAAUAUCAUGAAUAUAUCAUAAAAUUAAAAUAAAUUAAUUAUUAUAAUAAUAAAAAAAGAACAAAACUAAAAAUAUUACAAAAAUAAAUAAUACUGUGCACAAUUUUGAACGACACUGUAAAUACAAUUGCAAUCGUAUU